AUGUCUGUUGCUUUUCAGACCAGCGCCUUUUCUCCCCUUCUGGACGCCAGCGCGAUCAUCGGCGUUGCGGGGACACUGCUCACCAUCGCGGCAAUGCUUGUGGUGACGAACCCGAAGCAGGUUGGCGCGAAGUAUCUCUUGUGGAUGAGCAGUGCGUGCGCCAUGAUCGGCGCUGCGGGAUUGGUGGCAGCUACACAACUCUGGUUUGUAACGCUGUCGACGGCUCUGGUUGUCGCUUUCAUCUUGGGAAUCUCCUUGUACGUCGGGGGAGAGAAGCGCUUUCUCCUCAACCACGACGAUCCAUAUAUCGCGAUGGCCUCUCGCGCAGGCGGCCUCUACGGCGGCAUACAAUUCUCAACCUCUAAAGCAUUUGCAUCUACUGCAGAACCCUCUUCUACCACUACACCUCCCCCUACCACGGCAACUACUACAGCGUCAGUAGGAGCAUCGUCCACAAGCCCACCUGCGGACGAGGCCAACAAGGCCAGCACCGGCGCCGCACAUGCACCAGGAUGGUCCGCUGCACUGGCUUUUGCGCCUGUACGGAAGAAACCCACGAAGCCGGCCGCCAAACCACCUCUUGCUGCCUUUGCCGCGACGGGAUCAGCUGUAGUGAUGGCCCCGCCGGUACUCGUGAAUAUCAACAAGGACAUCAGCUCCGAGAAAACGAAGGAAGAAGUUGCAAAGGACGAGACGAAAGAGGAUAAUGGUAGCGGGAAGCAGGGCUGGGGUAAAAAGGUCAAGCCACCCAGUAUGGUCCUCGACGAGGACGUGAAUGGCUUCCGCAACCAGUCGCAGAAGAAACGUCAAGGAGGCGGAGGUGGGAGGAAGAACCGUAAGAAUAAGCACGUUCAGCAACAAGUCGCUGUUUGGGAUCCAAGCGAGAAGUACGACCCUCUUCGGCCCAAUGAUUAUGGCGAAUACAAAAUGUGGCGAGCCCGUGAGCGCGACGAACGACUCGAACGCGCAAGGAUGGAGAUGUACGAGCGUAAGCGCCCACGUCGCAGUCCUUCUGAAUAUUCCGAGGAUGAGCGUAGUGAGGACGAACGCCCACACAAGACGGGUCGGAUGGACGACUGGAGGCAGGAUGAAGACGAUUAUGACCGUCCGAUGGGCAUCGGUGGACGAACAUCAGCAGCAGCCGCCCCGGCUCCUGACCUGACAGGCGACGAAGCGUAUCAGCGCCGCGUCGCGCUCUCAAAAGGCAUCACGUCUACCUUCGCGCCAGCAGCUUCAGCGCCUACCUUCUCAGCCGCUUCCUCGGCUCCGGCAUUCUCCGCGGCAUCUUCGGCAACGCCCCCUCCUUCUGCGCCACCUCCCCGCGAUGAGUCGGGUGACGCAGCCUAUGCCCGCCGUGCCGCCCUCGCAGCUCAAUCCGGUGACGAGGCGUUUGCGCGACGCGCCGCAAUGUCCGGUAUCGCCGUGGCUCCUGCUGCACCGACCUUCGUUUCGCCGCCACCACCCUCAACUUCAGCUGCUCCGGCUGUGCCAGUCUUCCGUGCUCCGGACGUAGCAGAGCCACCUUCACCGCCGAGUGAAAGCGCGUACAAUCCUUUCGCGCCACGCGACGUCCCCCCGCCGCCACCUCCCGGCACGGGUCCACAAGAAGCCUUCCAGGCCCGCGUGCAGAACAGCAAGAACGCAGCAGCUGCCAUUGCUGCUCGGCUUGCAGCCCUUGCUCCCGGUCCCGGUGCAGCGUCUGCGUCUUCUGCGCCGCCGGGAUUCGCUGCUGCGACUGCGAGCUCGGCCGAGACUUCACCUCCACCUGGCGAGAAAGACCCGUCAACCUUUGCUGCACGUAUGAUGGCCAAAUGGGGACACGUAGAGGGCCAAGGUCUGGGGGCAGACGGAAGCGGCAUCGUACACGCCCUGACCGUCGAAUCCGUGAAGGCCGGUGGCGGCAAGAAAGGCAAAGGGAAGAAACAGGAACCCGAAGCUGUCCAAGCUGGAAAAGGGAAGCAAGGAGGCGGUGGAAUGGGUGGCGCGGCAAGGAUCGUGGAUGCCAGUGCGGCUGCGAGGGAGAAGGAAGAGUUGGUCCGGUUUGGGAAGCCGAGCCGGGUUGUGGUGCUCACGAAUAUGGUGGAUAUUGAGGAUGCUGGCGAUGACGAUCUUCGAGGCGAGAUCGGCGACGAAUGCAGCAAGAACGGCUCUGUCAUCCGCGUCGUCGUACAUGUCCUCCAACCUUUGCGUGAUCCCGACGCGCCAGAUGCUGUCAGGAUCUUCGUGUUAUUCGCAGGUCCUGCAGGCGCGUGGAAGACUGUUCGCGAGCUCGAUGGCCGAUUCUUCGGCGGAAGGACAGUCAGGGCGCGAUACUUUGAUGAAGGGAAGUUCGGGCGAGGUGACUUCGAUGGAAACUUGGAGUGA